AUGCGGAUAGGAAAUACCAACGUAUAUUGUGGAGAUUCUCUACUAUGGAACCGUAUGAGAGUUUCAACUAAAUACGGUGACAUAUGGUGUAGCGAGUUCAUCGUAUUUGGCAAUCAAAUGUGUUCGCUGACUCACAGAGGAGACGAUAUUCUGACUGGCGCUCGUAACAUUCAAGAAGCGGUCAUAUUACAGAAACAGCUCGACGUAUUGUUACAAAGCGGUGGAUUUGAGAUUCACAAGUGGCGCUCCAAUCGGAUCGACAGUUUAUCACAUGUUCCUUCCGAGAGGCGAAAAGGAUUCUCUAAGCUAAGUAUUGAUGACAGCGAUACGGUUAAAACCCUAGGUCUUGAGUGGAAUCCCAACAACGAUAAAUUUCAAUUUUCUAUAGAGAAGAUUGAAUCAGCCAACACGAAGCGGCAAAUAUUGUCAGCCAUCAGCAAGGGAUUUUGCGACGCGUCCGAGCACGCAUAUGGUGCAUGUCUAAACGUUCAAGUGGAAAACGAGGAAGGCGUGCUUUCAUCCAGAUUACUUUGCUCCAAAUCACGAGUAGCUCCAGUUAAACCGACCUCCAUACCUCGCUUGAAAUUAUGUAGCGCAGUUCUCUUGGCGAGGCUGAUCACCAGUGUAACGAAGUGCAUACGUACGAAAGUAGACGGUUUGCAAGCAUGGUCGGACUCUAAGGUUGCAUUGUACUGGAUACAUGGAGAUGUGUCAUGUUGGAAAUCAUUCGUAUCGAAUCGGGUAGUGGAAAUCGUGGAGAGGGUUCCUGCGGAACAUUGGGGACACGUCAGAGGAAAGGAAAAUCCAGCUGAUCUAAUAUCUCGUGGGGUUAGUCCACACCAAUUGCAAGGAUCCAAGUUAUGGUGGACGGGCCUAAAUUGGUUGCAGGAAAUAAGUCCGACAUUGUGCAAUGGACUGCUGCAGGCCAAAGAGUCGAGCGAAAUUUUGGAAGAAGCCGGAGCAGAGGAGCGCAAGAAAGAGCAGACUUGUCAUCUAAUCAGAGACAAGCAAGCUAUAUUUCAAGAGAUUCUGGACAAGUAUUCUUCUCUCACAAAGGUCGAACGAGUAUUGACUUAUUGUGUGCGAUUCGUCAUCAACUUACGAGACAAGAUUUCGGCACUGCAAAGGCAUCGCGAUUUGAAGAUCUUCAGCAAACUUCUACGAUUACAUCCAUUUUUUGACGAACAAGGACUGCUUAGGGUGGGCGGCCGUCUACAAUAUUCAGUCUUACUAUUCGAACAAAGGCAUCCCAUCAUAUUACCGUCAAAAAUCGAUUCUCAAAAUUAUUGUAUGGAAGGGAACACGGGUCGUGAUUUGGCCAGGCAAGUUUGUCACUCCUGUGUACGAUGCGCUAGAACCAAUCCACGCGAAUUGGCGCAAGUUAUGGGUUCCUUGCCCAUGGAUCGAGUACGUCCUAGUCGAGUAUUCUCAAUCACUGGCGUUGAUUUUGCCGGACCCAUUACAACUCUAGUCAACAAAGGACGAGGACGUAAGCCCAACAAGUCUUAUGUUGCCUUGUUUGUUUGCUUUGCAACGAGAGCGAUUCAUCUAGAAGCCACCAGCGAAUUAACUUCAGCUGCCUUUAUCGCAACGCUCCGCAGAUUCAUAGGUAGACGCGGACGCCCAUGUACGUUAUACAGUGAUAAUGCAACAAAUUUUGUGGGUUCGAAUCGCGAACUGAAGGAAAUGUACCAAUUUGCCAAGUUAGAAGCUGAGGGAAAUAUUGGUGUAGAGCUUGCUAAUGAAGGCAUUGAGUGGAAGUUCGUUCCUCCUGGGUCUCUGCACAUGGGAGGUCUUUGGGAAGCAGGAGUGAAAUCUUGCAAAUACCAUCUUAAGCGUAUCACGGAUAACGUUCUUUUUACAUUCGAGGAAUUAACAACAGUAUUGGUGCAGAUAGAAGCAUGUUUAAAUUUAAGACCUCUUUCAUCAUUGUCGGCUGAUUCUUCGGACAUUCAGCCACUCACUCCAGCACAUUUUCUGGUUGGAGAAUCUUUGACUGGAUUGACGGACGUCAAUUUCGACGAUGUCAAGAUGAAUCGAUUAAAUCGAUGGCAGUUGGUGCAACAAGUCGUUCAACAUUUUUGGAAACGGUGGGCGGCGAAAUAUAUUUCUGAUCUCCAAGCUCACACGAAAUGUAAGAUACCACAACCUUCAUAA